UGGGUAAGUAGCAGUAGAGGGAAUACGGCAGCUAAUGUUAGCUCCGGUUUAAUCAGUGCAACGUUACUAGACAUAUUUGAGGUUUGUGUAAAUAAUUACUUAGAUUUGGAUUAGCGGUAGGCCUAACACUCAAGGUAGAGGAUAACUAGCCUACUUCAAGAGGAAAAAUGAGCUCUCAAGCAGCAGCGAAAGUUGUGGUGAAAAGCACGACCAAAGUGUCUCUGAAUGACCGCUUCACUAAUAUGCUGAAGAACAAGCAGCCUCCUGCAGUUAAUGUGAGGGCCACUAUGCAGCAGCAACAUGCAUCCACUGCUCGGAACCGAAGGCUUGCCCAGCAGAUGGAGAAUCGCCCCUCAGUCCAGGCUGCCCUGCAGAACAAACAGGCUAAGACUCUAAAACAACGGCUAGGCGUCCAGGCACGGCUGGGCCGCCAGAUGGUCACCGCGACCCGAGGAGGAGUGGGCACUAGGGGCUUCGCAGUGACUGGAUUCCGAGGGGUAAUGCGUGGUGGUGGCCGUGGAAGAGGUGCUUUCUUCAGGGGAGCUAUGCCUCUUAGAGGUGUGAUGCGCGGCCGUGGAGGACCUGCUCGACUGGCAGUGAGGCGGGGCCUGAGGCAGAGAGGAGGCCAGGUGGGCCGAGCUGGUGUGCUGGUCAGUAGAGGAGCCCGUCCUGGAUUCGGAGGAAGAGGUCGCGGAGUGGGUCUCCGUGGACGUGGCGCAUUCACCAAUCGGGGCGGAGCACGUGGCGCAUUCACCAAUCGGGGCGGAGCACGUGGCUCAUUCACCAAUCGGGGAGGAGCUCGUGGCGGGUUCGGCAAUCGGGGUGGAGCACGUGGCGGAUUCGGCAAUCGGGGUGGAGCCCGUGGUGCUUUCGCCGGUCGGGGUGGCGCACGCGGUCGUGGCCGGGGUAGAGGUUGGGGUGCUGGACAUUCCGAACUGACCCGAGAGCAGCUGGACAACCAGCUGGACGACUACAUGUCCAAAACCAAAGGCCACCUGGAUGCCGAGCUGGAUGCCUACAUGGCCCAGGCCGAGGACAUGGAGUGAAAGUGUGUGUGUGUAACUGACUGACCUGCUGGAGGGAGUCCUGAGGUCUUUUCUGUCGGAUUAUGCAAACCCUUCCUUACACCACUCCCCACCAGCCUGCCCGAGUUCAUUGAUAUUUCACUGCACAGCUGGAACAGUAGUCUCCGCAUUCUCAGUCACUUCCAGCGAACACAAGACCAAAUGAUGAUCGAUCAAGAUGCUAUUCUUGUGUUCUCUUCAAUUUUACAAAAAACAUUUGUUUAAGUGUGUUUGUGCAAAGCAUAAUGCCUCCAAUCAACUGGGUGUCUUGACAUAAGUGAAGGGAUUUCUUUCCUUUGUACUGAAAGAAAAUCUCAAGUGUGUAUGCGCACUUUCCAUUUGACUUGUACGUGUACUUAAGGACUACUGAAACUCCAGCAUUAACAAAGUGGUUUAUGUUACUUUUUUACCACAUAUGUAAAUUCACACUUUUAUUUUUUUUUCCCUGUUUCUGUCUUGUUUGGGGAAAGUAUCAGACUUGACCACAAAGUCUUUGGAAUCUACCUCUAACACCAUUACGUACUUUCAGAAUGUCUUGGUGUAAGUUUCAAGGCAUGUGGCUUGGACACUAAAGGACAGUCUUGACCAGUGACUUGAUAUGACAAUGGGGUCACGGUAGAUAAUGGUAAAAAAUUGUUGAUUGAAGUAUUGACAUUUCCAGUGCCUGCUGGUUGAGUUACUGGGAAAAAUUCUCAAUUAUUUAUGUUAACGAAAAAUCCGGGCUUGUAAAGCAAGCAGAAAAUGGAGAGGGGGUGGGACUGUUUGGGUAGAGUUCUAGUGUUUUGAAGAUAUAGGUCAAUGUGUUCUGUUCUGUUUGCAAUAUCUGAUGACCUCUUCUGCACUGUUUUUAUUAAACUCAGACUUUUUUCAGAAUUU